AUGGUCCUGGUGGCCACCGGCGGCAACCUCAUCGUCAUCUGGAUCGUCAUGGCCAACCGCCGCAUGCGCACCGUCACCAACAUCUUCCUCGUCAACCUCUCCGUCGCCGACACGAUGGUGUCCACCCUCAACGUCGUCUUCAACUUCACCUACAUGCUCAACCUCCACUGGCAGUUCGGCCUCGUCUACUGCAAGAUCAGCCAGUUCGUGUCCAUCCUGUCCAUCUGCGCGUCCGUCUUCACCCUCAUGGCCAUCUCCUUCGACAGUUUUAUGCAAGCAAAUGAAGAACUUGCAGAACUACUACUAAUGGAAAUCAUGUACAGACACACUCACAAAAAUAGAAUCCUUGAAACUAUCACGACACCGCACGACACAGCCCGAAUCUCUGUUGGUCCUCUUCUCAUGGCCAGAGUUAUAUCCAGAUUAUUGUCAGUUUUGUGUUGCAACUCCAUUUGCACUUAA